CUUUUCAAACAGUGUGAGUAAUAUGCAAAAAAGCAUUCAAAGUUUUAAUUUCAAUGGUUUACAAAAUCAAAAUAAACAAGCAAGUUACAAUGGAUGGAUAGGGACACAUAAGAUUCCAUGUCCCUCCUCGAAAUCAAGAGACCCUCCCGGCAGAUCGAUCCGACCGCGAAUCAGGGAAGGCUAGUGGCGGCGUUGGACGCGUAAGCACAAGGACACUGUUAAUUUCUUCCACUCCCGUCGUCGUCGUUGUCGUCUUCAGGUUAAUUUCUUCCACUCCAAUCACCGAUCGUCGUCUGCAGCGCGAACAGACCUGCGUUCGGCGAGAGGGCUGGAGUGACAGUGCGCGCUCAGUCGUGCGUGGGAGCGGGGGAGAGAGAGAGAGAGAGAGAGCAAAGGAGCGUUGUUAGGGGUAGUUUGAGAAGCGGGAUUGCGUGGAAGACUGAAGGGAGGGGUGGGGCCCAGGAGCGCACCUUUUCUCUGCACAAACCAACUGAAAUCGCGUGAAUUGAGUCAGCUAGAACUACACCAAAUUUGGAAUUAGUUAGCACAUUUUUGUGAGAGAGGCGGAGAAAGAGGGCCCACUCCCGCAGCAGUAUAUCGGAAUACGGAGAUCGUGAAUGGGACCAGCCUGCGCCGGGACUCUGCCCAGUACUCAGUAACCAGUAACAACCUCCGUCCUCUCCCCUGCUGCAAAAAGCAAAAUCAGAUUAAAAAGCAUUUCUCAGAUAUUUUACGCUUUCAGCACUUCUUCAUAUCUCGUCUUCGAAUUCCUCAAUUUGUUCAUUGCUAGCUCCAAUAAGCAUAACCUGUCGAGCCCAGACCCAUAUUUCCAGGAGACAAGGAGAGAGAGGGGGAGAAGAAAAUGUAUCAUGAGGAUGCUGCUUCUUCUUUCGAUCCCAAUUCAACAGCUGAUGAUGGGUUUUCCCAGACUGGCCCGACCAUCGACUGCCCAGUCUUGCCACCACCACCACCGCUCGUGCCCGCGAACACUACGGAAGAUCAGAACAACAUCCAGCUCCCCAACUUCUCUGUCGAACAAUUCUCUAAUUCCCAGCACAGGAACCCUCCUCCUCCUGAUCAUCAUCAAGACGGUGGUGCUGCUGCUGCUGCGGCUGCCGUGGAAACUGAAGCACUAGUGCAGCAGCAGCUGCUGCAAUUUGAAAUGGAUGACCGCUGCUACAACAACAGCAACAAUAACAAUACACAUUUGAUGCAAGAGGCGGCGAUCCAUGACUCGAAUCAUCUUCAUAGCCACCACCAUCAUCAUCAUCAUCAUCAUGAGAUGGUGUCAUAUGAUCAUCAUAAUCAGCAGUGCAUGCGCAACAACUGGGACACUGGUGAUCAUGUCCACGAACAGAUGCAAGAUUUGGGCGUCAAUGGUCACCAGGUCUUCAUGAACAAUUCAUCUUUACCUGCAGAUCAAACUACCCCUCUAUUCGCUCCGGCAGCUCCUGAACUUCUGAAUCUCUUCCACUUGCCCCGAUGCUCUGCCUCGGGCGCCUCAAGUUUGCUCCCCAACAUUGGUUCUUCAAGUAUCUCAUUCGCCACAGCAGCAAACCCCAACCACAACUCGGCGAGCAUGCAAGCUGCCUCUUCCCUAGGCCUUCUCGGAGAUCACCUCCCUAAUUCCGUAGACAUUAAUGCUACUGCUCCUCCCGCAUCUGGUACUGUUUUGUUCGAUCCCCUGUUUCACUUGAAUCUCUCUCCACAGCCUCCUCUUUUCCGAGAACUAUUUCAAUCUUUGCCCCGCGGCUACAGCUUGCCGGCCUCAGGAGUUGGAGCCGGCUCCUUGUUCGGCAGUACCGAUGGCUGCGCUGAUCAUGAGCAUGAGAUGCUCAGCGGUGGGCAUGCCUACCACAGCGGAGACCAUCACGGGGUGCACUUCGACAAUGGAGUUUUGGAGUUCACAAGGGACAUUGAUGUUGCCUAUAAAGCUAGGAGCAGGGGAUUAGCCGCGAGGAAGGGCACCAAACACUUCGCUACGGAGAGACAGAGGAGAGAACACCUGAAUGACAAGUUCAAGGCCUUGGGGAGCCUGGUUCCCAACCCCACCAAGGCUGACAGAGCAUCUGUGGUGGGAGAUGCUAUUGAAUACAUCAAGGAGCUUCGGAGAACAGUGAAUGAGCUGAAAAUCCUGGUGGAGAAGAAGAGAUGUGGGAGUGAAAGGAGCAAGAGGCACAAGACGACAACGGCGACGGAUCAAGCUGAUACUAUUAUUAACGCUACUGCUGCGGCGGCGGCUGGUGAAAUGGAUAUAGAGAGCUGCAGCAUCAACAAGCUUCUGGGCUUCGGCGGGGCUGGCGCCGACGCAGACCAAUCCUCCUACGCCAAUAAUGGGUCCCUGAGAAGCUCCUGGCUUCAGCGGAAAUCCAAAGACACCGAAGUCGAUGUUCGGAUCGUGGAAGACGAAGUCAACAUCAAACUCGUUCAGCGCAAGAGAAUCAAUUGCUUGCUCUACGUGUCUAAAACCCUCGACGAACUGCACUUGGAUCUCCACCACGUCGCCGGCGGCCACAUUGGCGAUCACUACAGCUUCUUGUUCAAUACGAAGAUAUAUGAAGGCUCGUCUGUGUAUGCGAGUGCGAUUGCCAACAAACUCAUUGAGAGCGUGGACAGACAGUAUUCAGCCACUCCCUCUACCACUAGCUUUUAGCGCAGCCUGGCCUUUUUAUGAUUGAGGUCUUAUUUAUGAACAAUGGAAAGUCUUUAAUUUUUUUUUUCUAAUUAUUAUUGUUAUUAUCAUUAUAUAUGUGUGCUUAUAUUUAUGUUUUCAUCCCUUGUUAUAUGUAAUUGUCAUUUUAUUAUAUAAUUGAUACAUAGGAAUAGGAGUGAUGAUAUGUAGUUGGAUGGAAUGGAAUCAAAUUUAUCACUUGAUUUU